AUGCCUCACUCUAUAGGAGAGAAGUGUUGGACGAGGACAUCAUCUCAUAGGUUGACUACCACACAUAUACAUAAUCUAUCUGGAUAUGAGCAUGUGAUAUGUGACUGGGUACGUAGGGCUGCUGCUACAACUACUUCAAAAAUCACUAACAAACCCUGUCUUGCAUCGGGAAAACGUAAGCAAGCAAGCAAGCCAGUAAAACCGUUCCAACGCUUCUGCAUCAUUGUUCCUUUGGCAGCGACAAAAAAGAGCGCAUGUCGUCCCGAGUCACCCGAGUUAAAGUUUCCGCUGCGCCAGAUUGAGUUUCUGAAAAGGAUAAGGAAAGUAAGGCUAGCUAGCCAGCCAGCUAGCGAUCAAUAUAUAUAUUCCAUCUUGAAUGGAGGAUCUAGACAGGCGUCUAUGGAUCUACACAUAAGGGAUGAUGAUGAGCAACGAAAAAAUAAGAAAAAGGCUCGGGAAAAUCCACAUCGACAGGAUAGCCGACAAUCACCCGUUACUAGCUGCCAUAGGUUUAAGUCCACCUUAGUUAGUGGUCUAGGUUACAUACCUAUCGUCGCGCACGAAAAAUUAAAAAAUUUGAGGGGAAAAAGAAAAAGAAAAUUAACCAACGGCCACGAAUCACAGCACGUCAAUUUAAUUAAGACCUACAUGCCCUAUGUACCUAGUCAUGCAGGCUGUCAGGCCGGAGGAGAGGAGGGGUGA